UCUCUGGUAAACUUCGUCUGCCGCCAUGGCGCUCGCAAAGAGUGUGUACAACCUGCUCUUUAAAAGGACGUCGACUUUCGCCAUUACCAUUAUGGUGGGAGCUGUCUUUUUCGAGAGAAUGUUCGACCAAGGUGGCGAUGCACUUUUUGAGCAGCUAAAUCGUGGGAAAUUGUGGAAACAUAUCAAACACAACUAUGAAGAGAAGGACGAAGAAUAAACGAUGAGGCGGUGUUUCUACAAUCAACUCUCUCCUAUUGCCUGAGAUGACUUCUCUGAAACAUCCAUCCGUCAGCCCUGUUAACGCCACAGAUACACCACCACGGCUUGAGCUGGCAUUUGAGAGACUUUCAUUUUCAGUCAUCGUGGAAUGCUGGCACUUGUCAUCUCCUCAUUAUUUAUAUUUACCGUUCGCUUUGGCCCAUUCCCUCUGAUUUGUACAUGUGUUAUGUUAAAUCUAUGUGAAUAAAUUCAACCUAGACGCACA